AUUGUUAUACUUAAUUACUGAUCUGAGUAAGGUUGAGCUGACUGAUCAUGAAUGAAGAUUACAUUGAACAAACAAAUUCAACCCAAGCCGGUUUGCUUAUGACAUCACUCGAUAGCUUGAGAGAACAAAACAUUCUCUGCGAUUUCGAUGUCAAAGUCGGUGACAAAUCGUUCCGUGCUCAUCGCUGUGUCUUGGCAGCGUCGUCAGGAUACUUUAAAGCGAUGUUUUCAAGCAAAAUGAAGGAAUCUCGUGAUGGUUUCAUCAAUAUGAAGGAUGUCGAUCAGAAUGGGAUUUCCCAAUGUAUAGAAUUCAUGUAUAAAGGAGUAGGAAAUUUGAAAAUGGAAUACGUUCAACAAAUCCUGCAAGCAUCCAACCUGUUACAAAUGGUUGGCUUGACUAACUUUUGCUUCCAUUACUUGAAAACCAAUCUCUCUCAGACCAAUUGUCUUUCCGUCAUCAAUUUGGCUCAAGCAUACGAUCGCCUUGAUAUAAAAGAACAAGCAGAAAAUGUUCUGAUCACUAAUUUCCAAUCAGUAAUUUCCUCCGAGAUGUUUUCGUUCAUUAUCAAGCCAGAUCUCCUGCGUUACAUAAAAACUCCAAGUAUGAAUUACCAAACAUCAUGGCAAGCAAUGAUAACAUGGGCAAGAGCAAAAGAUGAAGAUGCAGAGAGAUGUUUUGCCGAUCUUGUUACAGUCAUCAAUAUCCAGACUUAUCCUUUCAAAUUUCUUCUGGAGACUGUGUUGGAAGAACCACUGGUGAAAAGUAAUGACAUUGCAAGGAAUUCAGUCAUCACUGCAUUAUUCUCUGAUGUCAAGAAUCUCGAGACAAAUCUUGAGAUUGACAACUGCUUCAUCCUGAAAAAUCUGGCUGAAACUAAUCAAGCUACCAACCUAGAUGCUGUGAAAAAUGUGAUGAAUCGAUUCCUGGAAGCACAUUUUGAACGAAUCAUUGAGAAAAAAGAGUUCUGUGAUAUCAGCAAGGAUGACAUCAUUGUGAUUUACAAAUCCCCAAACACAAAAUAUUCUUCCGAGACUGUUAAAUGGCACGGAGCUCUUAGAUGGAUAAAGCACGAUAUUCAAAAGAGGAAAAAAAAUUUUCAAGAUUUGUUCGGCCUCCUAGAUCUCCAAAAAUUUCCUCUUCAAUUCUUGGAACAAACGAUCCGCUCUGAGACUUUGGUCAGAGAUUCUCGUAAAUGUUACGAUAUUCUUAUGGAUGAAUUAUUUUCUCGAGCAAGGAAGAAGUCGUCUUCAAUGGAUCUUUCCCCUCAACAAGCAGCACCUUCAAACACUAGAGUCGAAACAGAAAUGUACCAAGCCCAGCAAUUAACAGUUGGAGCUACAAGUACUAGAGGUGAAUAUACAGAAACUUUCUUUGGCAAUACUUCAUCAAGUAGCCACAAGUCUAGGAAUGUCCAAGAACCACAGAUGGGAGCAGUGGGUGGAUACAGAAGUGACACAUCAGAAUCUCAGUCUUCAAGUCAGGCUACUUCAUCUGGUCUAAGAAUCAUCAACCAACAACCACCUGGUGGAGAAAUGUCUUUGGAAAGUUCCCAUGAAUCACUGCCAGGAUAUAUACCAUGUGGCACUUAUGUCAUCACCUACUCAUUCCCUGCUGGAAGUCUGAAU